UGUUACGUCUUCCUGUUGGUUCUCAUCACAACUAAAUGGCUUCGGUGCAUUGGGCUCUCAUCUUGGCAUGUCUGAGUUUCCCACUAGCUAUUACUGAUGCCCAAACACCAGCUGCUUCGCCAUCAACACCUACAACCACCACACCUCCACCCACAACCACACCAACCACUCCAACACAAUCACCAGCAAGUGCAGUGACACCCCCACCUGCAACCACUCCUAUAUCAUCACCAUCUCCUAAAGUCGCACCAGCUACCACCCCAGUAGUUCCACCACCACAAAGUUCUCCAGCUGCCACUCCAAUACCACCACCAGCACUGCCACCGCCACCAGCUACACCGCCACCACAAGUGUCUCCAGCACCAGCUCCAGCAACACCACCACCAGCACCAGCUCCAGCUAAGGAAGUACCUGCACCCGCACCAGCAACACCACCACCGGCACCUGUGCCAGCACCAGCUAUUCCACCACCAGCCCCCUCACCAUCAUUAGUGCCUUCCCCAGCACCAGCUCCUGGAAAACACAAGAAGAAAAGAAAACACAAGCACAAGCAUCAUCAUCAUGCACCAGCUCCUGCACCAAACCCCCCCAGCCCCCCAGCCCCACCUACAGUGACAACAGCAUCUGAGGACACAGCUCCUGCACCAUCCCCAAAUGGAGGAAAUACAUUGUAUCACCAGGAAGGAAGGGCAAGAAUGUGGGCAAGGACAGUGUUAGCAUUUGCCUCUCUGCUGGUUGUUACAGGCUACAGUUUCUAGAAACCUUACCAAGCCAUGAAAUUAUUUUUAUAAUGAAAAGAGAGAUUAUUUUAUAUGUACAAAAUAAGAUUGGUAUGGAAUUCAUAUUAUAGGAAUUAAAAUGUAAAAGGCAAGCCAAGAAAUUGUCAACAUUUUUGUACA